AGAAGGCGGAGGAGAAUGGCGGCCAUGAUGGUCGAUGUAAACAUUCAGACGACAAAUUACAGGUUCUAUUGACAUCAACCCAAUUUUUAACUGUAACUCGAGGUUUUACAAGGGAUUUGCUUCUUGGAUGACAAGAUAAUGCUCCUCUAAUCUUUCAAAAUACGGGGGACGUACGAAGACUAUCGCUCGCUUGCAUACUAUUUUUCUGUAGAAGAUUAGAAGAGGGGGCGAACCGGUCGGUGGUGCACUAGAAAUUGCUAGCAAUGUGGCUGUUUUAUUUCCAAAAAGCAUCAACUGCUGGACUUCUUUUAUUUGAUUCAUCAAGAUAAAUAAUUAGUACUUUUGAGCAAAGUACUGUUUGUCAGUUCCUUGUCAACCAAUAGUGGUUAAAAAUGGUUUCCGAAACCCUUUUUGCGAAAUAUGUUCAAGUGGCAGUUGUGGUCUUAGGAUAUUGGGUUGUGUCUAUAGUCACUGUUUUUGUGAACAAAACGUUGUUCAGCAGUGACAAGAUUGAUCUAGAUGCACCACUAUUUGUUACUUGGUUUCAAUGUGUUACUUCUACAGUGAUAUGCUUCACUCUCAAAGUUCUUGCUUCCACAUUCCCAAACAAAGUUUCAUUUCCCUCUGGCACUCCUCUGGAUCGAGCUGUUUUCAAGAAGGUUUUCCCACUCUCUGUGACAUUUGCAACUAUGAUUGUGUCCAACAAUUUAUGUUUGAAAUAUGUUGAUGUAGCGUUUUAUUACAUAGGCCGUUCCUUAACCACGGUUUUCAAUGUGAUAUUGUCAUAUUUAUUUUUAGGUCAGAAGACGUCUUUACCAUCCAUAGGGUGCUGUAUUGUGAUUAUAUCUGGAUUUUGGCUGGGCAUUGAUCAGGAGAGUAUAGCAGGGUCUCUGUCAGUGACUGGAACAUUCUUUGGACUUCUCGGUUCACUGGCACUUCCACUUUACUCCAUUCACAUGAAAAAUGUUCUUCCAGCUGUAAAUCAAGAGAUUUGGCUUUUGUCAUACUAUAAUAAUGCAUACACUUCCAUAAUACUCAUACCAUUAAUGGCACUUAAUCAUGAAAUACCAAUUGUGCUAAACUAUCAUGGCUUAUUCAGUCUUUAUUUUUGGAUGCUGAUGACAAUUGGAGGGGUUUGUGGAUUUGCCAUUGGUUUCUUCACAGGAUUACAAAUAAAGGUAACAUCUCCACUGACCCACAACAUAUCAGGCACCGCCAAAGCCUGUUUCCAGACUGUUAUAGCUACCCAGUGGUUUGGGGAAAUUAAGUCUGGUCUUUGGUGGCUGUCAAAUUUCACAGUCCUUGGUGGCAGUAUGUUUUACACUUAUGUGAAACAGCAGGAAAUGAAGAAGGAAUAUUCAUUAGUCGGCCCAAACAAAGUGUGAUACAAAUGACAAAUCAUGUGAUGUAAACAGCUAGUGUAGUCAUUGAAUGUUAAAUCUUCAUUAUGCACUGAACUGAACAUUGUCAAAAUACCUGCAUCUAUCGUUCCUCGAUUCAGUAGAUAAAUUAGAUAGAAUGUGAUCAGUGUUACAGUUAUGUUGCAGCUAUGUCUGUCGUACACUUUAGUUAGUCAUACCCCGCAAAAGAAUCAAUUUCAAAUUUCAUAGUUGUUACUUUUUGAAAUAUUCUGUUGUCAAGACCUUUUAUCUCUUUCUGUUUCAACCUGUCUUGUGUUUGGAAUUGAAAUCUUACUUCAUUAUCCUCAUUGUUAUAGUAUUAAAAUCUUUUAAGACUGAAAGGCACACCUUUGUUAUGUUAUAGUGAAAAUAAGGCCAUUUUUUGACCAAAAUUUUGUAACAUCAUUUUAUGCAUUGAAAGGUACACACUUGAAAUCCUUCCUUUAAUCCAUAAUCACUUCUAACUUCCAUGAGUCGAGAAAAAAAAAAAACCUUAAAAAAAUUACAUAUUGUCAAGCUUUAAAAAUUGAAAAGAUCAAAUUGAGACACCAAAAAAGUGAUAAAAACAAAUACUAGAAUUGGGACCUGCAAUUGUCGUUGUUUGUUUUUAAUAAUAAAGUAUCUUGUACAUAUUCA